GAGGUCUUCCCCUCCUUUUCUCUCCCUAUGUAUGUGAGACUUCAGAUCCAGUUCAAAGUGGAUUAUUUGAAGCAGAAAGUUAAUUUGCUUGGAUCAGCUCGUUCAGUAACUUAAUUACUCCUAUUCCUUUUCAGGAUGUCGAAUGAGAAUGUUGGGCCUAUGAUCCAGGAUCAGUUAGAAGACGGUAAGCUAACAGAUGGUGCUACGGUAGAGGAGAUGGCUGUAGCAAAAGCUAAGAAAACAGAACCAAACGAAACAAAGGAAACGAUGCAAGCUAGCCAAAUUCGGUUAUCACGUCCUAAUUCACUAUAUUUCUUUCUUUCAGAGGAAACGAUGCAAGCUAGCCAAAGCUUAGCUCAUGAUAUACGACCUCUCCUCACAGAGGUUGUCAGUUUAGCUAAAAUUCUCUCAAACUCGGAUCUGGAUCAAAAGCAACGGCGACUUUUGGAUGCCAUAAUGUCUAAUGGGGAAUUAGCUUUUGAACUUAUUAAUGACAAUGUUGAGUUAGGUAUGAACUUUAAGUUAAUGACUUUUUAAGUGUAUGUUCCUGUUAUGAAUUACCGUUUACUGAUGAAGUUGGACGAAAAUUUAGUAUCGAAAAACCUGGAUUGCAUCAAGGUAUGUUAGAAAGAGAAAGAAUCGCAAAUACUGAGGAUGCUUUCACAGUGGAUAUGAAGCGGCUUUCUGAAUUGACAAGUUACAGCGAGAAAGGGUCGAUUCAGUUGAAUAACCUUGUCAAGGACUGGAAGCAGAAGCAGAUUAAUGCUGUCCGUCGUCUCGAGGAAGAGCGUGCCAUCUUAAUUAAACGAAGGAAAGAAAUUGAGCUCAAAAAAUUGGAGAUUCACAAGGAACAUCGGUCUGACGAAGCAAGUCUAGGUGAUAAACGGCUGAUAUCUAUAUUUGAAGGAGAUUAUGAUAGGAAAAACAGAGAUAUUGUUGAACAGGAUAUUGUUGUUCAAGAAAAGCGAGUCGAAGUAGAUGCCGAGUUUGACACUGUUAAGUACUGGAAGCUGAAGGCGAAGCAACUAGAAAAAUGGUUAGAAGAGAAGCUACAAGAAAACAUCAAAUUGCUCGAGACACAAGCAUCGCCAGUAGAAGAAUUAUCACAGGUGCUAAAAAGAGCAGAUAAUUUCUUACACUUCAUUCUCGAGAAUGCGCCGGUUGUCAUGGGACAUCAGGAUAACGAAUUACGUUACAGAUUCCUUUAUAACCAUUUUCCUAGUUUGAGUUACGAGGAUAUCAUAGGAAAAACAGAUUUGGAGAUCUUUAAUGGAUCAGGUGUUCAGGAAUUUUAUGAUUUUAAGAAAGAAGUCAUGGAAUGUGGAAGACCGGCAAAGCGGGAAAUCACAUUCGGUACAGAAUUAUUUGGGACCAAGAUAUUUUUGUUAUACGCAGAACCUGUAUAUGACAUAGCAGGGGAUGCAAUUGGUGUCAACCAUGUGGGAAUGGAUAUCUCUGAUCAGGUUAUUAGAAGAGAAAAAAUGGCCAAACUUCGUGAGCAAAUAGCUGUAGAAGAGGAUAAAAAAGCAGAACUAGACAACAGACGUAGCGAUGCUAAACAAAGCUUAGCUCAUGAUGUACGUCCUCUCCUCACAGAGGUUGUCAAUUCAGCCAAGAUACUCCCGAUCUCGAAUUUGGACCAAAAGCAAUGACAACUUAAGCAUACCGUGAUAUUCUUUGGAGAAUUAGCUUUUGAACUUAUUCAGGACAAUGCUGACCACUCCAACAUUAAUUUCAGGAACCUCUAUUUUUCUUGCAGAAGAGGAAGAGAAAACUUUCAGAACAGCUUGCUAGGAACUACAUCUAGGCCAUAUCAUAUCUUGAAUACCUGUUUAAAUUUGUAUUUGUUUUUACUUAAUGGUGCUCAGACAAACUCGACUACCGAAAAUCUGAACAUGAACUUAACUUGGUGAGCCAGUUUGUAAUAUGGAUCUGCUAAACGAAAAAAAAAUCAAGAUUGAAUUGCCA